ACCGCCUCCCAGCACCUCCUCUCUCCUCCUUUGCCCAGACUACCCAGUGAGCUGAAGCCUUUAAGAAGAUUCCUCUGCCAGUAAGACUGAAAAGAAAGUAAAAGGAACAAAAGCCAAGAUGAAGUUGGUGGUGCUUGUCACCCUCGGGCUAACUUUGCUGUUGGGAGCCCAAGCCAUGCCUUCAAGUCGCCUUUCCUGCUACAGAAAGAUGCUGAAAGACCGUAACUGUCACAGCCUUCCAGAGGGCAGAGCCGACCUGACGUUGAUCAACCCGAAUGUCCAGCAUCAUUUCUGGGAUGGGAAGGGAUGCGAGAUGAUCUGUUACUGCAAUUUCAGCGAACUGCUCUGCUGCCCAAAAGAUGUCUUCUUCGGACCAAAGAUCUCCUUUGUGAUCCCCUGCAACAGUCCCUGAGGAUCUGCAUGCAUUCUGGAGAAGGCGGUCCCUAAUUUCCCACCAACUGCAUCCGUGUAGCUACAGUUGUGAUUUCCAUCGUGUACGAAAGCCCAAAUUGUAUAAAGUCGCACUUGCCCUAGUAAACCUGGCUAAAGCAGCAAUAAAAGUUACU